AUGGCGUCCUCCUGUGCGCACGUAGGGCGUCAAAUACACAAGACAACAAAACUAUUUCACCGUAAUGUAAAGGACACCUUACAGCGGAGAUCUUUUGGACUUGGUUCUGCCACGUUUCGGCAACCUGCAGCUGCAGUAUCAGGCUCAGCGGAGGAAAUUGUCAUUCCAAGAAAGAAAACAUGGAAUAAAGAGGCUGUGUUAGAGGCUUUGGCAUCCACCGUUAACAGGGAUCCUACGGCAUCACAUUACAUAUUUCAAGAUGACUCUUACCUCACACCAAGAACAUCCGCAGAGUUUAAACUCUAUUCCUUGUCCCAAGAAUCAGGCAGAAGUGCUGCUAAGUACUUCAUCAAUACCUACCCCAAGUAUUUCCAGAAAGACUUCGCAAAUCCUCAUAUUCCAUGUUUAAUGCCAGAGACUCUGGAGCUGCAAAUAGAUGAGGUGUCUGAAGCAGCUCUUAUUGAACGCAUACAGCUCAGGAAGGUGAAAGCGGCUGUAGAUAUGUAUGAUCAGCUGCUGCAGGCAGGUGCUCCUGUGUCACUGGAUCUGACCAAUGACCUGUUGGACCUGAUCUCUCUCUAUGGGGACUGUGAUCCAGCAAGAGACGAUGCACCAGAGCAAAGAACUGAGGAGGUGGGGGAGGAGCAAGAGGAUGUGAAGAGGAGAAAGGGAAUGCCACAAAAAGCCUCUAAUUUACUAAGGCUUGUGUGGAGGGAGAACAAUAAUGCGGAGAGAAUCUUUAACAUGAUGCCGGAACGUAACAGACGGUCGUAUGGCGCUCUGAUUCGGGGGAUGGUGAAGCACGGUGCUUACUCCAAGGCAUUUGACACUUACACGGACUUGCUGAACAAUCGACUGACCGGUGACGUGUACAUCUUCAACGCCCUCAUCAGUGCCGCCCCAGAAGUGAGGGAGAAAUACGCUGAAAAGUGGGAUCUGAUUGUUGACUUGCUGAAGCAGAUGGCUGAGCAGAAGGUGAAGCCCAACCUGCUGACGUUUAACGCUGUGCUGAAGGCUCUGCGGCGCUGCGGCUCACUGGCCAGAACGCAGGCCUUCCCAGUCAUCAAUGAGAUGAAGGCCCUUGGAAUCGCCCCCAGUUUGGCCACCUAUAAUCACGUCCUUGGCAUCUUCUAUAAAGCAGCCACCUCAGCUCAAGGGCACACAGAGAUUCUUCAGGAUGUGUUGAGUGAGAUAUCCGGAAAGAGUUUUACUGCCCAGGACCCUGAUGAUGUUGAGUUCUUCAAGGAUGCCAUGAGAAUUUGUCUGGCCACUAAGGACAUAGAACAGGCCUACCGAGUGCACAGCCUGCUUGGGGUGGGGGAGAACUGGAAACUGCUGGGAGAUUCUUACUACCAGAGCAUUUACUACGGGCGAUUCUUCAACCUGCUCUGCAUGAUGGAGCACAUCGACGUGGUGCUGAAAUGGUACAAAGAGCUCAUUCCCUCACUCUACUAUCCCAAUUCUCAAGGAAUGAGAGAUUUGCUUCAGGCACUCGACACCGACAACAGACUGGACCUGAUUCCUCAAAUAUGGAAAGAUAUUAAGCGGAUGGGCCAUGACAACAAAACAGAGCUGGUGGAGGAGAUGCUGUCCCUCAUGGCCCGUGAGAAACAAAGUCCAGAGGUGCAGCAGUCGUUUGCGGACUGUGCACUAGACGUGAAGGCUCUGUACACACAGACUGACCGCAGGGUGCCGCUGACUUGGUCAGCCAGCUCCCUCAGCAGCAUCACCUCAAUUCUGCUGGCAGCUGAAAGGACACAGCAGGCCUGGGAGAUGAUGAAGCUCUUCAAACUCACCAACAGAGUUCCAUCUGAGAGCCUUAUGAACCAGUUCUUGGUGUCUAUACAAACAAACAACAAUGCCCAACAGGCUGUGGAGCUGGUUCAGAUUUCAGCUAGCUUCUGCCUGUCAAUCACCCCAAAUCUAAUGGAGAGAGUACAGCAGGAGUUUGAUUUAACUGAGGAGCAGAGGAGUACCUUAUCAGAUCUGGAAUCUUCCACAGAUAUGAGUGAUUAAAAGGAUUGUGUGUCAUUUAACAAAUGUGUCAUUAAAAUGAAUAAAAUUCAACUAAAACUGG